GAGUCAACUCGUCAAAUUUGAUUAAUGUCAGCUGUGGACAUCUUUAAUGCAGGAAAAAGACCAGUUUUCAAGUACAGAUAGAUCCAGAUUUUCCAUGUGCUGCGGUGAUUGAUGCACUUUACAGGAGUGGUUCAAUGUGACUUUUAUUCAUUUUAAAUAUUAAUGUAUCCGUUGCUUGUGUUCGUUCGGAUGGAUGUACCUCACAGGCCAUAGUUGAGUAUAUGUCUUUUAGAAUCGACUAAACAAUUUGUAUGAUUUGUGGACCCUGAAUACAGGAGUGUCCAACCCACCACCAUUAUGGCCUCUGCCACCUCUACCCCCGCCGGCGCCGGCGGCCGCUCAAGUCGCUCCGCCAGCCGCCGCAGCGCAGCCGCCGGCCUGCCUACGUCCAGCACCAGUCCAACCUGCCUGUCCCGCAUCCAGGAGAAAGAUGAGCUCCGCAACCUCAACGACCGCCUCGCCAACUACAUCCAGCGGGUCCAAGAGCUGGAAAGUGAAAGGUCUUCUAUGCUGAUUCAGCUGGAAGAAAAGGAUGAAUCGAAAAGCCGGGAAAUGGGCAGCGUACGGCGUCUGUACGAGGAGGAGUUGGCCGAUGUCAGAAAGUCCCUGGACGGCCUAGCUGGAGAGAGGGCCCGUCUGCAGAUCGACUAUGGAAAUCUCUGCGAGGAGUACAGGAAACUUCAAGCCAGGAACCAGAAGAAGGAGAGUGAUCUGGUGAAUGCGUUGGCCCAGUGGAGGAAUGUUGAGGCGACUCUGAGCUCCAAGGAUGCUGAGUACACUAAGCUGCUGUCUGAGAACAGGAGACUCAAUGACGACUUUACUGACCUGCAGGGCCAGCUGGAAAACUUAGAGGGCGUACUGGCAGACACAAAGAACCAGCUGAGCUCUGAAAUCCUUAGGAGGGUGGAAAUGGAGAACCAGGUGCAAACACUCAAAGAACAGCUCGAACUCCAGAGGAACAUCAGUGAUCAGGAGAUCUUUGAGGUCCGAAGCCGACAUGAGAGCCGUCUAGUGGAGGUGGACUCAGGACGACGGAGAGAGUUUGAGAGUAAACUGGCCGAGGCAAUGCAGCAACUCCGCCAGGACCAUGAGUCUCAGCUGCAGCAGUACAAAGAAGAGAUGGACAGGACCUUCAGUUCAAAGUUACAGAAUGCCCAGCAGGCUGCUUUGGAGAAAAAUGACCUUGCGACGGCCACCAAAGAUGAACUGGAAACCACCAAGCUCAGAGUGGAGACCCUCAGCUCCCAGGUCCAGCAGUACCAGAAAGAUAAAAUGAUGCUGGAGAGCCGCUUUCAGGAGCUGGAGAGGACUCUUGACAGGGAGCGGGAAGUUUGGCAGCAAAAACUUGGUCAUAAGGAGCAGGAGCUGCUGAGCAUGAGAAGCCAGAUGUACAGUCAGCUGGAAGACUAUGAGAACCUGCUGGAUGUCAAGCUAGCUCUGGACAUGGAAAUUAAUGCUUACAGGAAGAUGCUGGAGGUGGAGGAACAAAGAUUGCAGCUGUCACCCAGCCCCUCCCAGCGUACAACCAUACCUCGAACACAUGAACACAGCAGCCGCAAGCUCAGAGGGAAGAAACGGAAACACGAGGGAGCCUCUGGCAGCUCACCCGCCUAUAAAAUGUCCAGUCGUUCAACAGAGCAUGGUACUGUGAGCGUGGCAGAGGUUGACAUGGACGGAAAAUAUGUUACCCUGAAGAACAACGCUGAGACGGAGCAGCCACUGGGUGGUUGGGUGGUUCGGAGGAUGUACCCAGACUCUGGAGACAUCUCCUUCCACAUCCCCUCCUCCUGCAUCCUAGCUGGUGGACAGACACUCACGAUCUGGGCAGCAGGUGCAGAGGCGGAGGCUGACUCUGGGGACCUGAUUCUGCAGGGCCACAGGAGCUGGGGCCCUGUCACUGAUGUAAGGGUUAUCCUUUUGAACCCCAACCAUGAGGAAAUAGCGGAGCACAGGGUGUGUAUGCAGGGCAGAGGUGACGAGGAAACGGAACUGGAAUUUGAUGAAGAAUUUGUCGCAGGCAGUGACAUGCAGCACUAUCGGAGACAGCCAAAGAGGAGGAAGAAGUGUUGUUCUGUCUCUUGAGUGCAGAGCAUACAGCAUGCUGUACAGUAGGAUUUAUCUAAGGAGGUGAGCUGUGGUGUGAUGUGAUUGCUUGUCCAUCUCCUGCUCUCACAUUUGCCUGGAAAACCUGGACUGGCUCUUGCCUGGAAAACCUGGACUGGCUCUGGCCUGGAGUACAAACAUCUGCUGUCAUCUGGUUCCAGUGUUGUCUCAUUCAACAAAGUCCACUAUCUGACAGACUACAGUAGGACAUUGACAUGUUAGUCUGACUGUGAUGAGCAACAGUAUAAACCUCAGUAUUCCUCACUUGUGUCAUUGCUCUAACUGCACAAGACAAGAAAUGAGCUUUGAUUUGAUCUAAUUUUGAAUGAAUGUGUGAAAUAAAACUGUUGGCAUAAUAAAGUUAGAAAUACAGUUUGUCAGACAUGUG